GAAUCCCUUCAGCGGUGCUGAUUUACUCUCCCUGGCGCUGAGGGUCAUGUCGUAUUAAAUACUGGUUAUCUGGAGUUUCUUACGCAGUAAACAGUGGGUCCUAGAAGAUCGAGAGGAACAAAAAGAAGGAAGUAUAUAUAAAUGUGCUGGUAUAGAAAUAUCUCCAAAAUGCGACCGGGGCAGUACACAGGGACGUGCCCUCCCGCCAGCGUGCAGUCUGGGAAGCUGAUGUUGCGACGCGGAGUUCCAAGUAGAGCGCUGGAGGCUCACGCGCGUGCGCAGGGACCUCUGGCGCAUUCCAGGGUGGAAGGGUGCCCGUUUGAGUGUCCAUGGCAACAGGACGCUUCUGCCUUCUGGAAGCCUUGGCUCCAGCUCCUGCCGGAACUAUGCCUUUGGAGGUGGUGGUGGAACUUCAGAUCCGGGCGAUUUCUUGCCCAGGGGUGUUUCUUCCUGACAAGCAUGAUGUGUUCCUUGGAGUUUACCUCCUGAAUCAGUACCUGGAAACAGACUGCUUUCCCUCUAUGUUCCCUAUUAUGAUUCAGCGAAGCAUGAGGUUUGAGAAGGUAUUUGAAAAUGCAAUAGAUCCUGGAGCUGUAGCAGACAUUUUAGAAAGCUUUCUAACCAGAUUUGAGUUAAUACAGCUAGUGCCUCCAGUGUGGCAAGAGUUGGCCUACUAUGAAGAAAACACACGGGACUUUCUCUUCCCUGAGCCACGGCUGACACCUUCGCACCCUGGGAUGUGUAGGGAGGUGCUCAUGAAGACAGUUGAAGGCUUUCCAGGGAUUGCUCCUAAAAUAGAGUUUUCUACAAGGACAGCCAUCAGAGAACGUGUGUUUCUGCAUAGAAACAGAUUUUUUGAAGAAAGAUGUAAGUCACGAAGGCCUUUAUCUACACCAAAAGGACCAAAAUUCCCCUUGAGUUGUGUAAAGAUGAAGCCAAGGGAGAGUAAUCUCGACAGGGUGGCCCCAGGCAUGCAGUCUCGGCCAUUCUCUCCAUAUUGCACCAGGCGUUUCUUCCAGGACCAGCCAGCUCAGCUGAACCUUGGAUAUACUUUCAAAAUACCUGGAGAAAGCAAACCUCCGUUUGUAGUAAGACACGUGGACAGUGCAAAGCCCUUUGGUGAGAACAAUUCAGAGCAUCAUUCCCAGAAGUCUAGAAGAAAACCUAACUUUUCAAACUUUCCAUUUCCAGUGAGAAGAGCAUCUUCUCUUGACAGCCUUGCAGCUAAUGUGAAGGUUAUCAAAGAGCCAGAUGAACGGAUUGUUUUAAGGAAUGAAUCACCAUCAUCUUUAGAUUCAAGUAAGUUUGGAAAGCCCUCACCCAGUUACAGUAACCAAGGGGAUGCUGAUUUUCACCAGGAAACUUCAUUUGACACCUCUCAGCACUCCAGAUCUCCCAGCCCUCUUCUGGAUCAGCCCCUUCUCCGAGAAAGACCCCACCCCGGGUCCCAGGCCACAUGGAAGAGGAUCCAUGAAAGGGUCUGCGGUCUUCUGAUGUCCCACAGAGCUCAGCAACACCUAAACAAGGAAGAAUCCAUCUCUGAAGUAAAGAAUAUCCUCGACAGACCAGGCUACCCUCUGAAGAAAUACCGUGCACAUGAACAGAAAUAUUUUUAAGCUGCUGUCCUAUGGGAGACUGAAUGAAAGCUGCAGGAGUAUCAUGAAGAGCUCACUCAUUGAGUCAGCUGAACAACCGUUUUUGUUCUGUGUAUCAAAUCACCAGUGUCUGACCCCCUUUAAAUCAAACCUGUACCCAGUCUCUUGUAACCAGGUAAGAGUCACUGAUUAAAGUGUUUGGGGCUCAUGUUUUCUUGUCAAGCUGGACUAUUUGUGUUUCAGUUUGUAUGUUUGUUUUGAGCCUCAGAUAGAAAGUAGCAAUAGUUGGGUGGCAGAUUCUUCUCCAUUUGGAAAGCACUUCUUAAAAUUCUGAUGCAAAUGUCAAGAUGCCUUUUUAGAUGUUCCUUAUUUUUGGCAGUGGAUAUGUUCUUGAAAUGUUCUUUUUUUCCCCUCCUUCCUCCUUUUUCCCUCCUCCCCUCUUGCCCUCAGCUCUCCCCGACCUGUAUUUCCCUUCUCUUGACUUCCCAUCCUGUCCUUUCCCCGUUCCUUCCCUUUCCCCUUACAUUUUUCAUGAGCUCGAGGAAGCUGCUGUUCAGAGGAAUAAUCUGAUAUAUCCUCCAGAAAAAAAGACUAUCAUUCUGAUUUUCCAUUUUUGGUAAAUCUGUUCUCUGUGUAUGUGUGUGUGGUUGUUUGCUUUUUAGCAUUAGGCUUCAUUUAUUUAUUAACAUGAGAUCCACUGAAAACCUAGGAAGAGGGAGCAUUGUUUUUGGAGAAUUCAGGUCUUGCUUUAAAGGUUUAGUUUCUAGGAUACAUUUAUAAGAGAAGGUUACUUUCUUUAGUUUGUAAACUACUCCUUCUGUCACCUGGCUUCCCUGGUGGCUCAGACGGUAAAAAGUCUUGCCUGCAAUGCAG